AAUCCAUAUUGAUUUUUGUUGCGAGAAAAAGUAAAAGAAAAAGAAAAACUAGCUAUGGCUGAAGUUUUGGGGAAGGCAAAUCUGUUCCCGACUGGUCUCUAUAGUCAGAAGAGGAAUUUAGAAGGUGGAGCUUGUUUGGUUCCUAAGAAAAUUUCUGGAUUUUGUUUGAAAAAGAACACUUUUUUUUCUUUGAAGGUGAAAUCUCUCGCUUCGAGUAGUGAUUUUAAUGGUCAAAGAGUGGGUUUUUUGGAGAAGAAAAAUAUGAACAAGAGAAGGUUUUCUCAAGUUCCCAUCAAAGCACAGAUGAAAACUGGACUUAUUAGUCGAGGUCAAAAAUGGUGGGAGAAAGGACUUCAACCAAAUAUGAAAGAAGUUACAUCUGCACAAGAAUUGGUCGAUUCUCUUUUGAAUGCCGGUGAUAAGCUUGUUGUGGUUGAUUUCUUCUCCCCUGGUUGUGGUGGUUGCAAGGCUCUUCAUCCCAAGAUUUGCCAAUUUGCAGAGAUGAAUCCAGAUGUGCAGUUCCUUCAGGUGAAUUACGAGGAGCAUAAGUCGAUGUGCUAUAGUCUUAAUGUUCAUGUGUUGCCUUUCUUCCGGUUCUAUCGAGGCGCUCAGGGGCGUGUAUGCAGCUUUAGCUGUACUAAUGCCACGAUCAAAAAAUUCAAAGAUGCAUUAGCCAAACACACACCAGACCGAUGCAGCCUUGGGCCGACAAAAGGGCUCGAGGAGAAGGAGCUUAUGGCAUUAUCUGCAAACAAAGACCUUCCCUUCCACUACACACCGAAACCAGUUAAACCAACUCCUGCUCCCAUGCAUGAAGAGACUCUUGUAUCAAAACAAGAUCCAUCUCAUUCAAAGCGAAGGGACAGCGAGGAAAAAAGCUUGAUUGGUGCUGGGAGACGAUGAAGUAUUCGAUUUCCUGCCACCCCAACAGUACUUAUUACAAAGUACUAUUCACUGGUUCAUGUUAGAAGUGAAGAAGAGGUGUAUCUUGUCUCCCAUGGAGUUGCAGGAAUAUUUGGAUUUAUUUUUUUGUAUCCUAGCCCUGCUUGAUUCAACGGUUGGUGUGAGCUGACCAAAUCUAGUGUAUAUUUUUUGAGGAGGUAUUUUAGUUUUCAAGGGAAAACCCCCUUUGUGAAUGUAAAAAUGUUGUGGUUA